CUCGUCUUCGGUGGAGCCAUUUUUUGUUUCCUGUUCAAUGAUGGUUAAUAAUUCACUCCAGAAAAGAAUCAUAAAAGAAGAAAGAAAACAGCAUGAGGUUCUUCUUAUUUCUGAAGAACAUGAGCUGUAAAGUGUAAACAGAUUAGGCAUAUUCCAAGAAUAAAUAUGUAUGGAGAAAGAGGAAUCUUCUAGUUCCAAGAAUCACAACAGAUUACUUUAUCCCCAGAAAAGAGACGUGUAGAGCAAAGAGAGGCAGCCAUGGAAAAAGAAGAAGAGGAGCGAAGAAGAGAAGCAGCAAUCGCAUCAUCACCAUGCCUGCGACCCAAUUUCAGCGCCAAAGGUGUCACCCAAGAUCAGCUAUCCAAGUUUCGUGAACUGCACAAGAAGCGUUUACAAUUGAAGUCCAAAUCAAAGUUCAAAACGAAACUGAAAGAUGAUGCUAAGACUUCUCAAGGCAAUGAUCAUUCAAGAAGCCAAAAAAGUGGAACUGAAGAUUUACAAGUUGAUGUCAAAGAAUCAUCAUGCCCCUUGAAAUGUGAUGCUUUUGCUACCAGAAAAAAUGAUAAGGACUCGAAAGAUAAUAGUAAUACCUCUCUGGUUUCUGCACCAAAGAAACAAAAGUUGCAUUGGGGGCUUGACACCAAGGAAAGGUGGGAGAGGAAGUCCAACAUGUAGAUAUCACCAUGGAACUGCUGUGAGGAGGAUUCAUGGAAUUUCUUCAAAAUAUUUAAACAUGGGUUGAUAUUUGGUAAAAAGACCUGUAAGUGCUCAUGUUGCGCAUGCAGAAUAGUAGGAUAAAGGGAAAAUGGCUUGACAAGUUAACAAAGCUGGAUUCAUUAUAGCUUGUAAAGAAGAUAGAUGACAGAGCUAAUUACCUUAUAAGGAAUUAUAACUAGUUAUAUUAGCAUAUGAUCAGACAUUGUAUAAUGUAGCCAUGAAACACAUCAAUGUCAUGCUGAAGUUCUGUAAAAAAUUAUACAAGAAUUCACUGUGUCUC